UCGCAUUGCUCAUACGCCACGUUCGCCGAGAAUCUAUGUAUGUUAUAUUUAGAAAACGCAUAUGACGCUGCAGAUGACCAAUUAAAUUUUUGUAUAAUUCAUAUUUCACGACUUUUUUAUGUCACUCAUGCACCGGAAAUACCCCUGUGCCUGUCAUUUCAAUGUUUCUUUUUUAUAUAUUGGGAUUUUUGGGAUUCUUUUCUGCAUUCAGUCGCAAUGGAUCAGUGGACGGGUGUGCAUCGAGCGUUUAUAAUACGCGCCUAUUAUAGAAAUAACGAUUCCAUAAGCAGUGCCCAAAGAAUGUUCAAGAAACACUUUAGCAUUUAUCAGGUGCCACCCACGAAUGUCAUCAAGUCCUGGCUAAGACAUUUUGAAUGUACCGGCUCCUCGCAAGGCGGCAGUUGCAUCUCGCGUUCCUCCAUUCCUCAAAUCUUCUGCACAAUCUGCAAUCAGUGCUUGAGUAAUGAGAAGAACUUCAACAGCUCCGUGAAAUAGUCCAAUUUAGUAUAGAAAAUUA